UAAAAUGUUUUCUAGUUCUGAAAUAAUUCUAUAAUAAUCUAAUAUUUCUCUAGAGAGGUUUGGAUAAUAGUAGAACAUAGUUUGCGUGUCGUGAUGUGGGUCCUACAGGGCACAAAUACUUAAUGUGACACUAAAUCACGAACAAGACAUAGCCUGUAUUUCUCCAGCUGCUCAGAUCCUGCAGCCGAUUUUGGUUCAUGGUUAUCCAAACACGAAAUAACUAGAAGCCUGGUACCGGGAGGCCUGCGCUCAGUGUGCGGCUGUGGACUGGGGACUUUCAGACGAGGGUCGUUUCUACUGCAGGUGCUGUCACAAUGUCAUCGAGAGAACCAAAGAGGUGGUGGACACGAGCAGUGCCCCCGGUUCCACCAGGGUCUCCACCAUUGGCAGAGGAUCCAGAACCAAGAGGCCCGAGGGAGGUCGUCAGUGGAUGGUCUGUGAGGGUUUCCAGUUCAUCCUGAUGAAGCAGGCCAAUGCUUUGGUCCAACUGGGAGUCAGUCCACAGUUUAAGGACAAGGUGCUGUGUCAGCUGUGGAGACUUUACCUGCAGAGGAGUCGACAGGCCUACACCCACAACCCAGUGAGGAGCUCCAAGUUUAAGCUGCGAAGUCUGGACUCUGACUCGGACAGUGCAGCCGAGUCGGCUGUCACAGCCUUCAGUGAGACGGAUGGAGACGCAAACCUGUCGAGCACCGCAGGAUCCAACGCAGAGAGCUCCAGUGGUUGGUCGCAGUUCUCAGGCUCAGUGGACGCCAGAAACUAUCUGGGUCCUCGGAUGAAGCGGAACUGCGGCCUGAUGAGCAUGAAGAAGACUCUGGCUCUAAUCCACCUGGCUCUGGUCUGGAGCCGUGAGCCGCUGACACUCAGUGACCUCCUCAGGUUUGCAACUGAAGGUCAUGUCCCGUACCUGAACGCUUACGAGGAACUUCCUGAAGAGAUGAAGCUGGACGGCAAAGACGGGUUCAUCUUCAGAGUCGAGAGUAUCCCGUCCCACCACACGCUGCAUAAAGAGGCUCAGACUCUGCUGCUCUUCCUGCAGCUUCCUGCUUUUCCUCCAAUCAGCCGUCAGAGUCUACUGCACCCGGCACUGCUGAGCCUGCGCUACCUGAUGGACGCCAACCUCCCCGAUGAGCUCCACCCGUGGGUCUGCCAGCUUUUGGAGCGAGCUGGCAUGGCAGAACAUUCGCUCCACACAUUUGACCCGGUCUCUCACCCCCUCCUGCCAAGGUUCGACCUCCAGAGUGUGGCCCUCAUCAUCGUCACCCUGAAGGUCCUCUUCGGCCUUGACGACCACACUGAGUGGGAUUUGUCCAAUGUAGCUGGAGACCAUGGCGACUCAGAAAAUAUGUUCAGCCUGAGGAGGUGGUAUCGACUGAUGCAGGCAGCUCUAAUCACAGCACAGCAAAGGAGAAACCAGCACAUAGCCCGGAAGCAGUGGAAGGCCAAGAAGCCUCUGUCAUCCAGCAAGAUGCACAUAAAUAUCGUCAUGAAACAGAAACGAACAGCUGAGCAGGUCCAGGCCUGUUUUCAGAAGCUGUCUUCCUGCCCAGUGGGAGUCCAGCCCGCUGAGCCAUCCAGCUUUAGGUUCUGCUGGGGAGACGAGGAUGGAGCUGAUGGUCCCAGUCUGCACCAUCAGAAGCUGGACUCAGCUGUGACCCUGAGCCACAACGUUCACGCUGCAUCUAACUCAACAUACUGGCACCCAGCGCUCAGAGCCUGCGACCCCGGGAAGUGCAGGAAUCAUUACCCGGAGGUGGAGGCGUCGCUGCCGCGGUCGUUGGUCUGGCUGCUGCAGCUCUUCUCCUUCAUGCUGGACGUGACGCCAGCCUGCCUGUACGAGGAGGUGCUGGGGGUGGAGAGACGGGUCUUCGGCACCAAGACGCCCAACGGAUGUGGAGCUGAAGAAACGAACCGGACAGACAAGAAGACAAGACGGAAAUGUUCUCAAAGAUGCUAAAUGAUGCUCAAAAUGUAAAGGGAUCCAAAACAUCUUUGAAGUUCUGACCUGAACUUGCUCAAUGAGGAGCUGGUCCAUUUACUGCCCAGUUACUAUUUUAGAGACUUGUUCCAGUAUAUGAUGAGAAGAAUGUGUUUGUUUGAUAUAAGGGUUUUCUGUACACAGAAAUGCUUGUAUGAACAAAUGGGGUCUCAAUGUGUGCUUGGUGCAUUGUCUCUUUGUUUUUCAGGCUGAACUCAAACAAAGAAUCGACGUAGACACAAACUGACCAGCAGGAGGCGACACUCAUUUAAAGUUUGUCUCAUCUUAAAGUCUUUGUGAACAAAAAACAAACCUCUGCAAUGAAAUAAAUUUUGCUAAUAAACAA